GGCAGCAGCACCAUGACUGGCUGUCAGUGGCUUUAUUAACCGCCUCUGCUGUCUCUCCUUUGCUCUGCUUUUCUCCAUUAUGCUAAAUUAGGUGUUCAGCGAAGAGAAACGGGCUCUGCAUUGAUGCAUCAGAUGUUCCAGCCCAUGCUGAAAAUGGGACUAAAGUGAUGAGGGAGAUGAUGAACUCUGAGGAUGUAAGCUGGCCGCUGCUGGUGGCUCUCUUUUGCGUCUCCCUGCUAGUUGUGCUCACCUGGCUCGUCCAGUUCUCCCGCACUCUGCUGAGAUCCAGAAGGGGUGCCAGGGUCGUCCAUAGCAGAGAGACAGCAUGGCAGCUUCCCCUGCGGCUCACCCACCACACACUGACAGGAGGAGUGUGGGGUUUGCUCCUCAGGUACCGGCAGGGCCGCGGCGAUGCUGAGGCUGGUGUCAAAGGUCUUUUGGCUUCACUUUUCACAUUCAGGUCUUUCAGAGAGCACUGGCAAAGAGCGUGGGUGAGAGCCCUCAACGAGCAGGCCUGCAGGCAAGGGAGCUCAAUUCAAAUCACCUUUGAUGACAGCCUUCAGCUUCCUGUGUCUGCGUCCAUCGACCAUGUGACCUGCUCAGACCAAUCAGCGCACAGCAUGGUUCUUCAGUGCAAGUGUUCGGUUGACAGCGUAACCUUCCCUCUGAGUGUCACUCAGCAGUCACCGGCAGCCGUCUCCAUGGAUACAUACCAGGUUUCCAUGGAACCCAUGCUGGCCCAGUUGCAGGUCUGUCUGGAGGAGGUGGAGGACGAGGGUCUCCUGGUGUCCUGGAUGUUUUCCCAGCAACCCUCUCUUUCUCUGAGUGUGACACCACGACAGAGAGUUCAGAGAGAGGACUGUCAGGUCGAAGUGGACAUAGACAUGAUUGCGAAGCUGGUGGAGGAGACUCUGUAUGCCACCCAGCCUGCCAUGAUCCUCAACCUCAGAGCAUGUGUCUCCAGUCCUGCUUUUCCCAGAGAAAAGCAAGAAGUAAACAAGAAAUCACUGCAGCAGAGCAACGAUGUCAAACGUCUCCUAGUGCGCCAUUUAAAAGCCUCCAGUAUCAAUAAAGGAUGCCAGGCUCAUGUUGGUGAGCUGUGCUGUGUGCUGAGCCUAGAUGCCCCAGUGAUGGAGAAGAGAACCCGUUUCCUCACGCCUCCAUCCAGCCCUGGAACCAUGCUGGACUGGGCGGAGGAUCUGACGCUGGAUUUGCAACCAGAAACCAAAGAACUCAAAGUUAGACUCGUGGAACGCAACAGCAAAGGAGAACAAUUCUUGCCAGGUCAUGCUUGCUUAUCUCUGGAUAUUCCUAAGAAGAGUCCCAAUGGACACCAAAAGCUUUCCAUUACAUCAGGUCUCGGUUUGGCACCAACAGCUACUGUAACCUUGGAGCUCCUCUACGUGAACUUGAACGACGUUCGUGGAUGUCACAACGCAACACCACUUCGCUCCUCACUCACACCGUCUAAAAAAGUGGAUGUUGAUCGCACCAUCAUGCCUGAUGGCACCAUUGUCACCACGGUCACCACCAUCCAGUCACGGCCGAAACUGGAUCGGAAACUGGGAGAUUCUCCCAACAAGUCUCCGUCAAAGGUGGAGGUGACUGAGAAAAGGCCGACAGUGCUGACAGAGAACUUUCAGAGACAAGCCAGCAUCAGCCCCACACCCAGCAGUCAGUCCUCCAAAAGCCCCCUUUCAAAUGGACUGGACCCUGUAGCUGAAACAGCUAUCCGACAGCUGACAGAAUCGGCCAGUAAGGCAGUAAAGAAGACGCCCACCAAACGCAGCACCCUCAUCAUCUCUGGGGUGUCAAAGGUCCCCAUUACAGAAGAUGACUCAGCGCUGUCGGUAAGCUAUGCUGCAGCUAUGGAUGCCGCCUUGCAGGGGGAGAAUUCUACUGCAGCGGCCCCCAAUCAUCACGGAGCUGCUGCACACCAGGAGGCAGAGGAGACCACGCCGUCUGAUGCAUCUGAGCGACCGUCCGUAGACGACGUGGAGUCUGAAACAGGCUCCACUGGAGCACUUGAGACACGCAGUCUUAAAGAUCAUAAAGUGGGUUUCCUGCGCAGUGGUUCCAAGCUGCUGUUCCGCAGAAGGCAAAGAGAGAAGGACCCAAACCUAAGCCAGUCUCAUGAGGACAUCACCAAUGUGGGCAAGGACCCGUCCACGGUCUCCUGCUCUUCCAGCGGGCGCAAGAAGUCCGGCAGCUUUUCACGUCGUCUCAUCAAGCGCUUCUCCUUUCGCUCUUCUAAAAGCAAGGGCAAGAGCAGUUCUACGAACGGAGGAGCCAGCUCGAUCGAUAACUGAAUUACAAACUCAAGGGAAAAUGAGAGUGAUAUAAAAAAAGAAGAAAAGGCAUGGUGCAGGCGCCAGUCAAAAGAUUAAGACUAAGAAGAAUGCUUGAAAUAAGAAGUUUGUGCUGUGCGUGUUUAUUCUUUAAAGCAUUUUAACCCUUCAUGUCCGUCAUGACUCAGGCAGACAUGUGCUGUAUCUCCGCCCUGGCUGACAUGGCUAAAACAUGAAAAGAACAAAGAGGUUUGAAAACUUCUAGAUGACGUUUGAUUGUAUAAAUGGUCUAUUUAACUAGGAAAAUCUUUAAAUAGCUGCUUUUAUGGAUUAUAAGGAGGAAAUGUGAUGAGUGAAAACAAUGAAAUGCUGUAUGAGCUGUUCAGCACAAUGGGGCAAAGUUUAAAAAAUACCCAUCAAAGCCUCCCACUUCAGAUUUCUAUGUGUUUUAUUAUUUAUUGAUUCUCACCAGCUGCACUUUGGAACUUUAUCUGAUUGUUUACAGUGCUGAGCAGCUUUUUGUUCAUUUUUGUGUUUGUGUAUGUUGAUUCUUGACACUAAAUUAUUACUCUUUAUCAAACUGGGUUACCUGGGUUAGUUAUGUACGCUGAGGCUCCGGCUGGAUUCACACUUACUACAUUUGCAUAAUUUCAGCUUUCUUUAGCCAGCGUGGGGUUGGUGCAAGGGACAAGAGAAUUUUAGUAGGAGGUUUGGCAACAAUGAAUUGAAAGAAAAAUAAGGAAAAGGCCAAACAGGCACAUUUGAAGGAGGAUAUUAAAAAUUUUAAAACUACAUAAGCCAAAUGGUUUUGGUAACAGUAGCCUAGAUCUAAAAUGUUGCACAAAAGAACCCACCAAUUAAUGAACAAAUACAGAAAUACAUGCAGCAAAUGACUACCAGUUGCAACUGCUCACGCCACACAAAGGUAGUGCAUGUGAGUCCAGCCGUAUACUGUGUGUGAUUUAUUUUGCUGUAGUUGAUGGCAAUUUAGAUCAAAUAUUACAUUCAUUAUUGUGACAUUUUUAUUCUGUAAGGUUUAUUUGACUAAAAAUUUAAGUAUAUAUCAAUAUACAUUUUACAUAUCAACUAAUGCAUAUUUGGUUGAAUUUAAAUAAGCAUAGCAAAGUAAACUGAACAAGAUUUGUUCAUCAGAAUAUCAACUUAUAAAACUAUAAAACUUCAGGGUUAAAGCCUAUGAAAGCAAAUCCUCAGGGGAAAGAAUGAACAAUUUUUAUGAAAAAUACUCCUCCUAAAUUUCUCUUUAAUUUUAAUGAAGUUCCUCGAUCCUUUCUGUCUUUAGCUGCAAUAACCCCCCUGCAUGGAUAGCUUAGACAACCCUACCUUAACACGUGCAAAUUGUGAUGUUGGAAUGCUGAUGUUUAAAGGUGUAAAUAGUCUUUCUAACGGUGUAAAAAGUUUUGAAAAAGCAGGCAGUUCAUUCUCUCUGUUAUUUAAAUCUACUCAACAGAACGGCCUGUUUUGAGGACUGUUUUGUUCUUUUUAACUUUCUAGCUAAAGAGAUUUUAGUUAUUCAUAUAAAUGUCUCACUCAGCAGAUAAAGUACCUGUUUACCUCUUAACACCCCCAACCAGUUCUGUGACUUUAGGUAUGUGUUUAAUGCAUGAUCUUGUACACAGCUUUAAUCAUAAGGAAAAUGUGGCAUUCUUUAAAUUCAGGCUAACAAUGAGUGUGUUUAUAUGUGUAACGAUCAUGAUUACGAAAUUUUAAGCAUCAACAAUUAUACAGAAUCUUAUAACCUGCCAUAUGCUCUAUAUAGCCAAAACUAUGUGAACAUCUUACCGUGAUCUUGUUGGAAUCCCAUUUCAAAACCAUGGGCAUUAAUAGUAACUAUAACCUGAGCAUCUUACAAGUGUCUGAACAAAAUAUAAAACACAUCACCGUUUCAUAUAAACAAGCAUUUAUUCUGUAUUUGAUGAAAAACAGUGUAAUCUAGUGAACAUCUUAACCAAGUCCGUGGCUGGAUUUCUUUCAGUAACUUGACUAUCGGGGCUGCUGAUUCCCUAUCACCAGUUACUUACUGUAUGUGCAAACAUUUGAUGGAUUAAACAGGUCUAAUCAUUUAUAAAUCUACCCUCAUCAGAUAAAGUAGUGGAACUGUAAUCUACUUUUGUGCAUGUAAACACACUUGUUUUCAGUUGAUAGCCGGAGAAAAACCAGUGUAUCACUACCUUUAGGCUCAGAAUGUUCUUCUGUACAACAGUGAGUGACCUACAGAGAAGAACUGCCUCAGAUAUAUGGAGCGUUAUAUUAAUUAACAUGUGAAAAAUUCAAUGUUUAAUUUAUUCUGAAUAAAUUAUUUUUGAAAAUGCA